UGUUAUUUAGCCAUUGACUUGUGCGCUGAGGAAAAACAUGACUGUCAACAAGUCUGUGUCUACUCGGGGCCCGGCGUCUUCACCUGCGACUGCAACAAGGGAUACAGACUCAAUGGGGACAAGAAGACCUGCACACCCAUUGACCUGUGCGCUGAGGAAAAAGAUGACUGUCAACAAGCCUGUGUCUACAUGGGACCGGGCGUCUUCUCCUGCGACUGCAACGAGGGAUACAGACUCAACGGGGAUGAGAAGACCUGCUCACCCAUUGACCUGUGCGCUGAGGGAAAACAUGGCUGUGAACAAGUCUGUGUCUACAUGGGACCGGGCGUCUUCACCUGCGACUGCAACGAGGGAUACAGACUCAACGUGGACGAGAAGACCUGCUCACCCAUUGACCUGUGCGCUGAGGGAAAACAUGGCUGUGAACAAGUCUGUGUCUACUCGGGGCCCGGCAUCUUCACCUGCGACUGCAACGAGGGAUACAGACUCAACGGGGACAAGAAGACCUGCACACCCAUUGACCUUUGUGCUGAGGGAAAACAUGACUGUGACCACGUCUGUGUGAACAUGGGCCCGGGCAUCUUCACCUGCGACUGCAAAAAGGGAUACAGGCUCAAUGAGGAUGAGAAGAGCUGCUCAGCCAUUGACCUCUGUGCUGAGGGGAAACAUGACUGUGAACAGAUCUGCAUCAGCACCCCGGGCGUCUUCACCUGUGAUUGUAACAAAGGAUUCAAACUCAACAGGGACAAGAGGACUUGCACAAACAUGGACAUGUGCAACACGGUGAAGCACGGCUGUGACUACCAGUGUGUAAACACCCCUGGAUCUUACCACUGUAUCUGUCCUGAAGGACAACUGCUUCAGGAUGAUGGCAAGACAUGCGGCACUUGCAAGUCUGCAAACAUCGACCUGGUGCUUCUGAUCGACGGCUCUAAGAGCGUCCGCCCUCAAAACUUUGAGCUCGUCAAAAAGUUUGUCAAUCAGGUUGUCGACUCUCUGGACGUGUCUGCUCAUGGUACCAGAGUCGGUCUGGUUCAGUACUCCAGCCGGGUCAGGACAGAGUUCCCACUCAACAUGUACCACACUGCUGAAGACAUCAAAGCUGCAGUCAUGAAGGUUGACUACAUGGAAAAAGGAACAAUGACAGGUCUGGCACUUAAACACAUGCUGGAGUACAGCUUCUCAGAAGCAGAAGGCGCCCGUCCAGCCAGUCGCAACAUCCCCCGCAUUGGACUGGUUUUCACAGACGGGCGAUCCCAAGAUGACAUCAGCGAAUACGCCAAAAAGGCUAAAGAAGCCGGAAUCACCAUGUAUGCUGUUGGUGUGGGCAAAGCUGUGGAAGAUGAGCUGCGUGAGAUUGCCUCUGAUCCUGUGGAAAAACAUUUCUAUUACACGACAGAUUUCAGUGCCAUCAACACCAUCGCAGACAACCUCAAACUUAAUGUGUGCCCAGCGGAGAGUCAGGGGGAGGUUGAAGUAAAGGAUCCAUGUGCCUGUGAGAACCUGGUGGAGUUCCAGCAGGCCACCAUGAACAGCCUGGAUCAGUUCACACAAAAACUAGCUUCUAUGGCUGCCCGUUUGGAGCAACUGGAGAACCAGCUCCUGUCCAGGAAGUGAUGUGGUCAAACAGAGUGACCACACAGGACAGCAGGAAAACCGGAGGGAAAAAGAAGAAAAAGACUCAUCCUGGAAAACUUUAACCAACUGGGAUCUACAGCAUGACACCUCUCACAUUAAACUGAUGAUUUUACAACACCUUCACAGAUCUUAGGAACUCUGUUAGAAAUAUGUUACAGUUUAUGGUUUGGGGAAAAAAAUAUUUCUGUUGUAGCUGUAAGUGGUAUAGAUGAAUAAAAUUCCCAAACACCAAUGUACAAUGUAGCUGUAAAAAAUGUUGUAUUAAAAAAAAAAAAAAAAAAUACAACCUCAAAACUUGCCCCUGUUUUACAGUGUUCUUUUACACAGAACAUAAUCAAUACCUUUGUUUAUUAAACAGCAUUUUGUUACUGGUUUAUUUCUAACAAGCACGCCAAUCUAAGCAGGGUGUCUGUUUUUUGUAAACUAGAUGUAAUGAAUGUAUUUUAGGUACAAGACGUCAGCUCACAGUUAAAUUAUCAAGUUUCUUUAUAGUCACAGUCAUUCAGUGCACUAUUUAUACCGAACCCUUUUUACAGUUUGACAAAAUAUGUAUUGAUGGCAGGUUGCAGUUUUUAAUUUAAUUUUUUUAACCAGCAGCAGAAACACAAAGACACCAAAGCAGGACACGAGUUCUUGAUGCCACUUCUAUCAACUCUCUGGUUUAUGUCACAUAACAUUUUUUAUGUUUUGCCUCCAGAGCAAAUUCUCAAACCAAAUCAUCAAAAAGUAGAAAUGGUUUUAAUAUAAAAGGGAAUUUAAGAAAUUUUGAGUCUUAAUGUUUACUGAAGCUGUGGUGUUAAUUCAAUAGAGAAAUCUGCCAAUGCUGAAGGACUUACUGCUUUUAUUUUUUAAGAAUAUUUAUAAUUUUAAGCAUUUAUCAAAUAUUCUGAAAUAUAAUAUAUAUAUAUUUGAGAAGCUACAUUAUUUGAUUUUAGAAAUUUCAUCCUAAAUCGAUAGAAAUUUCUUGUUAGUUUAGGUGUUUAAUUAUUUUGGUUUGUACCAAUAAUACCAACAUAAAUUUAUAGCCCUUAAUUUUGGAAUAUCUGUAUAAUUUUGUAUAUUUUCUGAUAACUACUUUUGUAUUUUUGUAAUGAAACUUUGUAUCAAACCAAAGAGGGCAAUAAAGGACUAAACAUUUUGCUG